AUGGGGUGCCAGUGGGUACCAGUGGGUGCCAAACUGUGCCCCGUCCCGCAGCGGCACUGCCGGGAGGUGCUGGGGGGGCAGUUGGCCUCGGUGCACAGCGCUUCCCGCAACGAGCAGCUGCGGAACCUGGCACGCACCUACACCCGCCGCGCGCCCUGGAUCGGGGCUGUCACCAGCCGCACGAAUGGGCAGUGGGGGUCGUACUGGGAGGACUCCAGUCCCUGGAACUACGCCAACUGGGCGGCCACUCAUCCCCACCACCUCCUCACCACCUGCACCACCCUCAGCACCUACGACGGACUCUGGAGAAGCAGGGCCUGCUUCCAGCUGCGCCCCUUCAUCUGCCAGUACUGAAGACCCCGGGGGUGCUGCCAUGGCCCCCCCCGCCCCUGGGGACCCGCAGUGGCCCCUGUCC